UUUGUUUAACCUUUAUUUAACUAGGCAAAUCAUUUACAAUGACGGCCUAACCCGGACGACGCUGGGCCAAUUGUGCGCCGCCCAGAUCCAAUGAGUUGUAAAUGGAAUGGAAUAAAUUAGUUGGUGUACGCUUUUGCUUUGGUUUAGCUGUCAAGAAAGAACAUAUGUUAUGAAGAUUAGGCUGUCUAGGCUGCCCCUGCUAUACAAUGGUGAUUGUAAAGCACAAAUAUUUUCAUUCGUCUGCGUCCAGAGAGACUAGCCUAGGCCUACUGUAGUUUCACUGAUUGUUUUUGUCAAUUCCUGCAUCUGUUAGUGAGUUCCAGACGCUCUCUUUCUCCCUCUGCCCACCUGCGACCUUUGAUGACCCUGAGUAAAGCCCUGUACUAAAACAGAUUGGAAAGGGGGAUACCUAGUUAGUUGUACAACUGAAUGCCUUCAACUGAAAUGUGUCUUCUACUCUAACCACUAGGCUUUGAACAAUUUGAACCUUAACAUGUUACAUUUUUGUACUUAGUAUACCAGUUCUGUUUUAUUAUGUGGUUUGUGCUCUGUUUUUGUCAUUAAAUAAACUCCCCCACAAAAUUAAUAAAGGUGCUUAAUAAAGUUCAUCACUUGAUGAACGUUAGAAACGCACACUUUUGUAGUGGGGAGUUCGGCCAUCGUCAGUACAAAUUUGGUCGGACAAUAUAUUCCUGGUAUUACGGUACUUCUCCAAUGGAAAAUAUGCAAUGACAGUAUGCAACUAUACCACAAAGGAGUAGAGACUAAUUAAGCGGUUGUUGUCAGAUUAUCGUCUGUAGUCACAUGUGUACAAAACUAACCGUAUCGCUUUAGGAAUACAUCGAUUUAUUAGUUAUUUAAAUGUAUCACUCGCAAUAGAUAUGACGGAAAUGUUUUCAACUCUGUAUGGGCAAAAUGAUGCUCAGGGUCCUGCCCGAUCAUCGUCUCUGGGAUUUGGACCGGGAAAUCCACCACCCCCUCUGCCGCCUAACCAAGUCCCGAUGGCGGCCCAGAUGCCACCUCAGCUCGGGGAUGAGGGGCCUGCUCUACGGAAGCCGGGAGCCAUGAACGAACCUUUUUAUUUACUGCGAGAACUACCAGUGGGCAAUGAGCUUACGGGCAAUACCAACCUCAUCACCCAUUACAACCUGGAACACGCUUACAACAAGUUCUGUGGCAAGAAAGUCAAGGAGAAGCUCAGCAACUUCCUGCCAGAGUUACCAGGUAUGAUAGACUGGCCUGGUACCCAGGAUGGCAGUUCGUUACGCUCUCUGAUAGAGAAGCCUCCAGUGUGUGGCAACUCCUUCAGCCCUCUGACCGGAGCCAGCCUCACCGGCUUCAGACUGCACACCGGACCGCUACCGGAGCAGUAUCGACUGAUGCACAUCCAGCCUCCAAAGAAGAAGAGCAAGCAUAAGCACAAACACAACCGACCACAGGAUCCCAUACCGCAAGAGACGCCCUCAGACUCUGACCCCAAGAAGAAGAAGAAGAAAAGGGAUGAUGACCCUGACCGCAAGAAGAAAAAGAAAGACAAGAAAAAGAAGAAGGUGCGUGCGGGUACUGGUGUUCUCCCUGGCCAGAAGAGCAACUAUCCAGAGCCGCGGAGAAAACUACAACCACGGAGGACAUUGUGACUUCUGGGGAAGUUAACCAGAGACCCUGAUGAACUGACUCUCCAACAGACGGACCAGCGAUUCCAACAGAGAAGACAACAACAUACGGGUGUAAAUAUAUACAUUGCAAUUAUUCUCGAUUAGCAUUUCAAUUAAUAUAAUUAUCAACUGUGUGUAGUGAAUCCAUUUAGUCUUUCCCGCUCUCUCUGUCCCCACUCCUUUCCGUUGUCUAUCAAGCCGUCAUAUUGGCUUCGUCCGCUAGGGACUUUUUCUUGUAUCAUGUAGUAACCCAAAUAUCUACUGUUUGUUUGUUUUAUUUAAUUGUGUGUGAUUAUUUAGUUAGUAAAUAAAUAACCCAAUUUGUAUAUCGCUGAUUUAUAAUUUAGGCUAGGGUUCGUACAGAUUUCCUCAUGGUUUCAUUAAUAGAAGACUAAUUCAGAAAACUAUAACUCUAAAUCUCAACAUUUUCUGUGGUGCCCUGACUUCCUAGUUAAUGUUUACAUGUUUAGUUUAAUCAUGUAAUAAUUAAACCUAGAGAAUUGAUUUGAUAAAAUAAGUCUUCACAUUUAAUGAUAGUCCAGACACGACAGGAGCAAGCACUAAAAUAAAAAUCUCCAAUAUAUGUUACUGUUUACAAUGGCCUUAUCAAUUAAUUGGCUCAGUUUCUAAAUGGUUGUGGUAGCUGUUUUAUCUUAAGCAGCUGUAUCUGGAGUCUGCAUAUGUUCAUGAGUGUUAAAGUUCAUACACAUUGUUGCUUUGUCUAGUAAAUUGGCCCGUUUCAGACCCAUUUCAGGUGUACCAACUUUUCAGUCUACAAAAAAGGUACAUUUGUCAGCAAAAUGCAUCAAUUAAUGUAGGCCUAGUCAUUAAGCACACUUUUGGGUGUUUUGUAACAGAUGUAUAUUUCAGUUCAUUAAACGGUCCUAGUGUA